AGGGAAAAAGGAAAAAAUCGCCUCCACCGCGAAAGGGUGGAAAAAAAAAAGGCGAGGCGAGGGGAGGGGGGAAGGGAAGGAAGGUAGCGCGCGCGGGGGGGCUAGGGUUUCGAUUCGGUUCGACCCGACUCCGCAGCCAGCCAUGGACGCCGGCGACGCCUGGGGCCGCUCCUCCUCCUCCUCCUCCGCCGCCGCCAGGCGCCUGCAGUCGCGCUACGAUCUCUACAUGGGGUUCGACGACGCGGACGCGGCGGGAGGGGAGGAGAUGGAGGCUCGCAGCGGGGAGGCCUACAACUGCCCCUUCUGCGGCGAGGACUUCGACUUCGUCGCCUUCUGCUGCCACGUCGACGACGAGCACGCCGUCGAGGCCAAGAGCGGGGUAUGCCCCAUCUGUGCUACAAGGGUUGGAGUGGACUUGAUAGGUCACUUGACGAUGCAGCACGGAAGUUACUUCAAGAUGCAACGCAGACGAAGAGUCCGAAAAAUAUCUUCGGGGUCCCAUUCUUUGCUUUCCCUGUUAAGAAAGGACUUAAGAGAUGGCAGUUUGCAGUCCUUUCUUGGUGGAUCAUCCUAUGUAUCUAAUCCUCCUGCUGCUGCACCAGAUCCAUUUUUGUCAUCUUUAAUUUGUAGUUUGCCUGUGGCUGAACCAUCGAAAGAUUUACAUUCCGACCCAUCUGACAAUAACUUUUUGCUAAAUAAAUUCCCAGAUGAAAAGACUGUAGAGAGGUAUGUCACCUCAAGCUUUGCUCUUUCUGCCGCCUCACUCCGCUCCCUCUUUGCCACAAUACCAGUACCACUGUAUCUGAGCCGAACCAUCUCUGUCGGAGAAGGAUCAGAAGGAGAGGGCUCGAAGGAGUAAAUUUGUCCGUGGGCUCGUGCUCUCGACAAUAUUUGAGGAUGAUAGCUUGUAAGGGAGGUCAUCAACCUUAAUCUAGCAGCGGCAUGACAAGGUCAAGGAACAGCAUUACAUGAGAACCAGCAAAAGCCUUGUUCAUACCGCCGCCGAUGCUGCUUCCAGCCUUCGCGACAAACUGGAGGCCAAGCAUCAUGUUUAUGUAUGAACGUAAGUAUGAUGUAUGUCUGUCUUUCCUGCAUUUGCUGAGAGGGGUAGCGGGAACCAGCAUAGUAGUGGAGAAAGGUCUCUGUGUCCCAACCUUCCACGUCGAAUAAACGAGGACAUUGUUUGUGUUCCUUGAGUGGCUUUGUGCAUAUAUGGAGAGAGGAUAGCUACUCGCAAUGUAUUAGGUUACCUCUGUGUUUAUUUAAUCAGUGUAAUGUAAUAAUAGGACGUGCUGCACGAUUGUAUUUAAUCCCAACGGUAUGUGAUACUGCAUUGGAUCUAUACAUGCCAAGAGCUA